UUUCUCAAACUUUCCAUUGACUGGCAUUCAGCCUUUCAGUCCUAUAUCAGUGCCAGCGGUGCUGAGAACCUCCGGCUCCUGUACUUCAUACAAGUGGGGGGCUGCUCUGCACUUGUGAAAAACAGGUCACUUCCCCUCUCUGGCUACUCACUCCUGUGGAGUGUUGAAGGGCUGGGUCAUCUCCAACUCCUGAAGGUUGGACCCCAUGUAGGUACGAGGGAGGACAUUUGCUCUUUUGCUGAGGUAGAGGGGACUUCACUCUUCAGAACUCGUACUCCACCAUCACGUGCCAGUAUGAAAUUCUAUCCCAGAAUGGGAGAGGGUACCAAUUUUCAAAUUUUCACUGAUCAAAUAGCUGAAUUAGUUUCUCCAGCCUGGCUCCUGAAGGGCUUCAGUGGAUGAGGGAGUGAAGUGAAGAACCAGUGAAGUGAAGAACGGCUGCAAAUUUCCCUGCUACUGGUCAUUUGUGAUGCUGCUGUUUCUCUAUGCUUACCAGCUUGUCUAGCUGGUUGUGCUGCAGCACCUCCUUCCAGUACAGGGACGCAGAGGCGUUUGUACUCAUUGCAUAGCACCAGCUAGGUGCUCUGUAGCUGUUGCAGCACCCUCUCCUUUCAGACAGUGAGAUGUGUAAACAUAGUAUAUCAUUCACCAGCUAUGCAAGUGAUGGGUGCUUUACAGAAUAAGCACCCCCACAAUGGUCCUUACCCCCAAUCUAAUGCACAUAGAAGCUCUGAGUUGUUGAGAAAGGGUGAUCUCCAGUGUCUUGGGAGGAGUUAAUAGCAGUGAAAGCAGAGGCGCCAUUGCCCUCUCUUAAGGGAUCUGGUGCAUGGGAAUCCCUGGCCUUGAUAAGGAUGGCCUGUUUGCUCUUAGUGCUAACCCUAGCAACAGAAGAAGAUUCAGAGACCUGUGAUGACACAAACUGGGUUCAGACAUGGCCAAGCCACCAGUGCAACUUCCCUUCUGCAUUGGGAUUCGUGCCACCAGCAGGGAUGGCAGGAGCCUAGCUGGUGGGGUCAGGGCCAGUAGUAGCCAGCUUGGCUGUUGGAGUGCACUGCUGCUGGGCUAAUCCCCCCACCCCAUCUAGAGUGGGGCCAGUGACUCACUGUCCCCACUGUGGCUCAUUUUCCCCUGGCAUGUGUGAGCAUCUUGCUUUCCCUUGGGCUUGGCUGGUCACCUGGCUUAGAUGGGGUCCCAGCCAGCUAUCCCAUUUCGGGUUUGGCUAGCUUUCCCCAUGUGACUUGUAAAUGAACCUCUUUGAGGGGCUGUAAUACCAGUCUCCAUCCCCAGGUGACGCUGUGGGUUCCUUUUAAGGAUUCUUCUAGCCGACGGCCCUCCCCCUCUGAAUCCUUGGGGUGGGACCUGUAAUUUCACACCCUUCGCCUAGGUGGCGAUGUGGGAAAAUUUAGCGCUGUGAGGGAUCUCUCCUGGCGACGCGGCCCGUCCUCCUUGGUUUUCGGUAAGGGGCGGACCUUGGAGUGAGUGCACCCAAUGGAAAUCAACGCUGUGGUGAUUGGCGGCGACGGGACCCAAUGGGCGCUGGUCCGUGGAAAGCGGGUGGCGGGCGGGGCGGAAGAGGCGGCUGGACUGGUGGUGAUGGGGCUGCUGACUAUUCUGAAGAAGAUGCGACAGAAGGAGCGGGAGCUGCGGCUCCUCAUGCUUGGCUUAGACAAUGCUGGCAAAACCACCAUUCUGAAGAAGUUCAAUGGGGAGGAUAUCGACACCAUCUCACCCACACUGGGCUUCAACAUCAAAACCCUGGAGCACCGAGGGUUCAAGCUGAACAUCUGGGAUGUGGGCGGACAGACAUCCCUGCGCUCCUACUGGCGCAACUACUUUGAGAGCACGGAUGGUCUCAUCUGGGUGGUGGACAGCGCUGACCAGCAGCGCCUGCAGGUCUGCAAGCAGGAGUUGCAGAGCCUCCUGGUGGAAGAGCGCCUGGCCGGAGCCACUCUGCUCAUCUUCGCCAACAAACAGGACCUGCCGGGAGCAUUGUCCUCCAAUGCCAUCCGGGAGGCCUUGGAACUAGACAGCAUCAAAAGCCACCACUGGUGCAUCCAGGCCUGCAGUGCCUUCACUGGGGAGAACCUGCUGACGGGGAUCGACUGGCUCCUGGAUGAUAUUUCCAGCCGGAUCUUCACCACGGACUGACCAUGCCCCAGACAUGGCCCCCUCCUUUGUGGGGGGGCUGCAAGAGUAGGGGUGGGGCUGCAUCCCAGCUUUGAACAGAGUUCCCAGGACCAUGUGGCUGUUUCCAUGGACCCUCCCAUCAUGCUUUCCUCCAACAGUCAAUCACCGGGACAGCAACUCCCCUUGGAUUCGGCCUAGAUCCCAGCUGCCCCCUGGAUUGACGCAUGGCUUAGUGCCCCUGGCCUGGGUCUCGUGCAUGCGUUUCAGGGUUUGAGCCUUUAAUGCUGGCAAUCAGUUUGGGGGAAGCUGGGGAGGCAGCGGGACCAGGCCAUUUAUAGUUGUGGGGGCUGAGACCCCAUCACUGGAGCACAAGGCCUGUUGAACUGUGAGUGUGAGUGGGACUGGUAGAGAUGAACUCUUCCCCCCUGCACCCCC